CCUGUGACAGUUCUCACAUUUCUGGAACAAGUUUACAAUUACAGAAGAACCUAAUAAUGGCAAUAUGGGUAAACGAGGCAGAAGAGAGAGUCCAUGGGGCCCAGUCCAGCAAGAUGGCGCUGCCCACAUUGUUGCACCUGUUCUCCAAGCUCCUGUCUCCUACCAUUCUCCCAGGUGGCUCUUCAGCGCGAUCAAAGUUCUAUGUUCAGGAGCUGCCACAGGACAGACUUGAUUGGCUGAAAGUUGGACUGACCUUGGGCACCUCUGUAUUCUUGUGGAUCUACCUCAUCAAACAACAUAAUGAAGAUGUUUUAGAGUAUAAAAGAAGAAAUGGAUUGGAAUAA